GUUGUAUGUGGUGUGAUGUGGUCGUAUGCAAUGGUCAGCAAUGAAGGGUUCCAAACUGCUUCAAACUUUCUAUGAUUUUAUUAAUAGAAGUAUCAAUGUGGAAAUUGCUGCCGAUUUAAUAAUGGAAGAUAACACUACACCAUCAAUUAAUCCUUGGAAUACAUUAUCCACAAUGACGACAUUUGAUACAGGCAGUGAUGCAAAAACUACAAUAUGUGUGGACAAUGAUAGUAGUCACAACAGUGGACAAGUUGUGAGCCUAGUUACACCUUCUGUCAGUCUCUUAAUCGAAUCACUUAUACAGCAACUUUGUACAUUGUUUGAAGGUGAUACUGUUCGCAGAAAUAAAUUAUAUUUUGCUAUCUGUGAUAGACUUCAUGAAUUGAAAUUAAUUGAUAGUUCAUACAAUAUGAUGGAAUUUGAAUCAUUAAGGGGACAAUAUCAACGUGCGUUAUAUCAUUUGGUUACAGUUGCACGUACAGCAAAUGGUUGUGAAAGUGUACUACAGGUUCCUAGAGUUUUAACAACAGAAUGGUCCCGCUAUCGUAGAGAAUUUCAUGAAAUAAAUUUUAUUGCUGCUGGUGGAUUUGGUCAAGUCUUUAAAGCCUUACAUUGCCUGGAUGGUACUGAAUAUGCAGUUAAAAAGAUAAUAGUACGAUCUGGUCGAGUGAAGAGUAUUAUGCAACAUCUUGAAGAAGUGAAAACUCUUGCUAAACUAAAUCAUACCAAUAUAGUUUCUUACAAAGGUGCAUGGAUUGAACCAACUUUACCAUCAACCUUUAUACCAAGUUUACCAGCAUCUAGCCAUUCUCAAAACGAAGGUUCCUCAAAUGGUAAAAAAAAAUAUAGGUCUACCUCGUGUAGAAAUCAGAGUUUUAGUGCACAGAGUCAAUCAAACUAUAGUAAUAGUUGGAGCAGUCAGAGUAUUAAAAAAAACGACGAACAGGAUGCGUUAUUACGUUAUAGUAAAAAAACAAGCCACAAAUUUGGAAAUGCUGCUGAAGGGAGUGCUGAAAAAACUAAUUCGAAUAGUAUUUCUUUUAAAAGUGAUAGCAAUAGCGUAGAUAAUAAAGCAGAAAGUAAUACAAAUUGUACAGAUAGUAGCGAAUCGUGUGAUGAAUCUUACAGUAAUAAUAUACUUUGCCCAUAUAUUCCUCAAAUGAACAAAAAAUAUGUGACAUUAUAUAUUCAAAUGACUCUAUGUGAAAAGACACUUCAACAAUGGCUAAAUGAAAGGAAUGAGCUUACUUCGCAGACAAUGAUCAUUGCAGUAUUAACACAAAUUCUUUAUGGUUUGGAUUACAUACACUCUCGCGGAAUUGUACAUCAUGAUAUAAAGCCAAGCAAUAUAUUUAUUUCGAUGUCUAGUCAUCUUCAAAUACAGUUAGGUGAUUUCGGAUUAGCUUGCCCAUUGCAAAGAGAAAAUCAUCAUUCCAUUCUUGGUACACAGAUGUAUGCUGCACCAGAACAAUUAGUGGGAAAAUGUGAUCCCAAAAGCGAUGUAUACAGUUUAGGAAUAGUACUUCUAGAACUGUUAGUGCAUACGAAAACUGAUAUGGAACGGGUGGAAAUAAUUACUAGUUUAAAAAGAGGUCAUAUACCAACAACACUAACUGCUACUUAUCCUAAAUGGGCACAUAUAGUAAGUCAAUUGGUACAAGUAGAUCCUAAGAAACGACCAUCGACGAGUCAGUUGUUACAAGACUUAAGCGAGGACAAGGAUGUGACAAUAACUCAAUUAAGAAGCGAAAUUGCGGAAAAAGAUAAUACAAUACAGACGUUACAACAGAGGAUAUCAAUGUUAGAAGCACAAAUUACUAAAAAUAGUACACCAGUAUGA